AUGAAGUGGAAGGCGCUUGUUAUUGCGGCCGUCCUGCAGGCACAGUUCCCAAUUACAGAGGCACAGAGCUUUGGCCUGCUGGACCCCAAACUCUGCUACUUGCUGGACGGGAUCCUCUUCAUCUACGGCGUCGUUGUCACUGCCCUGUUCCUGAGAGCCAAGGUGGGCAGCAGCGCAGACGUGCCCGCUUACCAGCAGGGCUCUAACCAGGUGUACAAUGAGCUCAAUUUAGGAAGAAGAGAGGAGUACGAUGUUUUGGAUAAGAUGCGGGCCCGGGACCCUGAGAUGGGAGAGAAACAACAGAGGAGAAAGAACCCUCAGGAAGGCGUGUAUAAUGCACUGCAGAAAAACAAGAUGGCAGAGGCCUACAGUGAGAUUGGGAUGAAGGGCGAGCGGCGGAGAGGCAAAGGGCACGAUGGUCUCUAUCAGGGGCUCAGUAAGGCCACCAAAGACACCUAUGAUGCCCUCCACAUGCAGGCCCUGCCCCCUCGCUAA